AUGACUGGCGGGGAUGGGUAUCUCAUGGCGGGGGCCGCAGAUCUCCCCAGGUUGCAUGGCGCCUCUUCUUCUCUGCUGUGGUCCCCGGGCCCCCCCUUGGACGCCCCCGAUCCUCCUCGGGGGGCCCAGGCGGGGACGCCGCGCCAGGCCCGGCUGGCCCAGUUCGAGGAGGCCAUCCAGGAGGCCUGCGACAAGGAGGACUUCGAGAACGCAGAGGCUCUGGAAGAAGAAAGGAAAGCUCUGGAGCAGGAGGUGGCCGCGGCGAAGGCGGAGCUGGAAGCGCUGGGGCCGGAGCCCACGGAGGAACCGGAGGAGCCAGAGGAGCCAGAGGAGGCGGCCAGAGCCGAGGAGGCCCCCGCAGCGCAGCCCGCGCUGGCCGAGGAGGAGCCCGCGCCCUGCGGCGCCGCGGAGGCGGCGCCAGCGGAGGCCGCCAGCGCCUUCGCCUUCACAGCGCCGCCGGAGUCCCCCGAGGCCGACGGCCCCUCAGACGAGGCCGGCGCCAGCGCCUUUGCGUUCACCGGCUCCCCGGCGGGGGGUGGCUCCGAGGCCGACGGCCCUUCGGACGAGGCCGGUGCCAGCGCCUUCGCGUUCACCAGCGUGUCCCCGGCAGGAGGCGGCUCGGAG